AUGAGCAGAAAUGGCUUUUACGGAAGAAGCGAGGCGGAGUUUCUCAAGCUCAUAGAGACCGCUUUUCUACCACAACCACAAGACACCAAUCAAGACACCGAUGAGGAGCUUAGCCACGAUCUGCUGGCAGAAUUUCUCCUUGUGACGGGCUUUGAAGCCGGAAAGCUUGUCAAGAUGCAUGAGUUGGGCCUGGCAUCGGACUAUUCCUGGCCAUCAGACGCCAGGUACGGUGUCCUCAUUCAAACAGUUGAGGAUCUUGCGCUCCAAGGGCUACUGGCUACCAAAAUGAUCAUUGAACGGCUCUCAAAGCUACUCUUUAUGGCCAGUGAAGAGAUCGAUCCCGAUAAAGGCGUCUCUGAUUACGGGAUGGACAACUCUUCGAAGGUCAACAUGUCUCUCUUCGGCAGUUCUCCCGACGAGACAAGCGCCCAACCCACAGACGUCAACUCUAAUAAAAGAAGCUCUCUCUUUGAUGAGGAUGAGCCGAAUACCAAGGCCUCUGCAGGUUUAUUCAGUGAUGAUACAGGUACCGAUGACUCCCCUGGGGUGCCGGAAACAUACGUUGAUGCUUAUGACGCUCUGAAUGCUUCAGAAGAUGGACAAGCUGGCAAAAUAAGCCUUGAUGGUGCAAAAAAAAUGCUAGACGCGAGCAGAGUGCCUCAAUCGCAGCAGGACACAAUCUUGAAGCUCAUUGGCGGGGCCCGAGAUGGCGGUAUCGCGCGCAAUGAAUUUAAUGUCCUCUUAGCCCUCAUUGGCCUUUCACAGGAACGCGAAGAGAUCUCCUUGGAUUCCGUAGAUGAGCGACGAAAGAAUCUACCGAACCCUUCAUUGCCCUACAUCAACCAGUUAAGGACAGCAAAAGUUUCAGAGACCUUGGAUCGAACACCUUCGCAAAAGUCUAGGGCUAGCCCCGAGGAGCGUCAGACGACGUCAGGGAGUAGUCCCGGGCGGUCACGUCAAAUGAGAAAAGAUUCCAUAGAAAAUAUUGAAGCAGAUCCCUGGGCGAGCCCAGCCGUUAGCAAGACCCAGACUAGCGCAGUCUACAACGAAGAGACGCCGGCUUCUGGUGCAAUCACAGCUGCAAAGCCCAUUAGAGCAGGACUGGCGGACACGGCGCGGACAACAAGCGCUUUUACAACUCAUGUAGACGCACCUACACCGAGCGAACCGCUUCCAAAUGCCAAUGGUGGAUUAGGGUCAGGCGCGGAAUCUGGAGGCGGAUGGGGCUCGUAUGGAACGUCUGGUGAUGAUCGGCCAGGUUUAGGUGGUGGCAGCUUUGGCUCGGAGGGAGACCAGAGCAAUUCAGGCGGUGGAGGUGCUGGCCGAGCGCUUGGUGGAGGCAGAAUCACUAAUAGAGGUGGAGAAGAAUUCGUCACCGUCAACCUUCUUCCGGAGAAGGAAGGCAUGUUCUUAUUUCAGCAUCAUAACUAUGAAGUGAAAAGCAGUCGCAGAGGGAAUGCACACCAGGAGCUCGCUGUUUGGCGGAAACAGGCCACAAUAUCCGUUCAGGAAGAGUUCAAUAGCAAGGCUUUACCGCCAGAGCUGGAGGACUCUCUGCCGAAGAAUCUCGGCGACACUUUUGACACCGUCCGCGAUGGCGUACGAUUAUCGGCCGAUAACUAUAUAGGCCUCUGCAAUUUACUUGAGAGAUUGACGAAGAGGAACCAAGGCAUAGCUGCAGAUUAUCUGCGGUUCUCUCAGGCACUCACCAGCCUUACUGAAGCUUCCCGAAAUACUUAUGCCAUAGACACUAAUGAUGUGCCACUAUUGAAUGAAGGCAUCGGCUCGACUGCGAAACACAUGGCCACUAGCCAGAGUCUCUUGGAAGACGAGGCGCGAGCUUGGGAUGCUGGCGUGCUCGAAGACUUCAAGAAGCAACGAGACAGCCUUGUAAGUGUUCGAGAGAUGUUUGAUCGCCGAGACAGAUAUGCUAGGGACAACAUCCCUCAACUUGAGCGUCGUAUCGAGCAGAAUGAAAACAAACUUCGGGCGUUGAUGGCUGGCGCCGGUGGUAAACCUGGCGAGCAAGAGAAGCUUGAGCUAGCCGUUAGCAACGACAAGCAAUCAAUCAUCGAUCAACAUGCCCGUGGUGUUUUCAUUCGAGAAUGCAUUCGGGAUGAGCUAGCAUAUUUUCAGCAAUCGCAAUACCACGUCAGCCGCAUGCAUCAGGACUGGAGUCAGGAACGAGUAAAGUAUGCCGAGCUACAGGCGGACAACUGGCGGCGACUGAACGAUGAGGUUGACCACAUGCCCUCGGGAGACUAA